CACUUAGACAAUCUAUUCAUGCCAGCACAACUUUCGGAUCAUGAAAUGAAAACGAAAUUUUUAUUGAUUCCUAAAAAAGUAUGCCUUAUAUUUUCAGACCUGUAACGAAAAUUCUUGUGACUUUUUUAGGAAUGCAUAAAUGUAAAUUUCAAGUAUUGACAAAUCGCAUAGCUUGCAGGCACAUUGACAAUGGGAUUCCCUUGGUGAAUUUUCUACCCGCAUGUCGAUUUUCCAGCAGAGGCAGAAUAGCUGCCGAUAGUUCCCCGGAGCUCAAGUGGAUCCUUUUCAGUCGUCGCACCGAUAUUGACAAAUUGCAAGGCUUCAAAAACAAAAUGGGCAACUGUGUAAAUCUGGGUAUGAAGUAUGAUUACCUAAAGAUCCUAAUGAAGGACAAUAUCAAUUUGUAUUAUCGCUACCUGUGCGACAAUACAGCUGAGGUGUUGACUAUUAUGUAUGCAGCCGAUAGCGUGCGUGAUGAUUUCUGUGAUAUGAGCUUAGUUUCUAUCAAAACCCCAAAUAUACAGAGACUUAUGCACAUCACUAGAAGUUUGGGUUUCGAUCGUACUGCAAAUGAUAUACGACAAUAUAUGGAUGCCGAAAAAAAGAGAAAUUUUCGAACAGACAUUGGAUUCGCUUUAAAGGUGAAGGAAACAACUCAGAAAAAGAAAGGGAAGAAGGACAAGGAGACGGAUCGGGAAAUGAAGAAAAAGACGGAUCAGCUAUUUGAAAUGAAGGAGGCGGAUCGGGUGAGGGUGAGGGUGAGGAACGACAAGGAGAUGGAUCGAAUGUGGGAAAGAAAAAAGGAGAAGGAGGUGGCUCUGGAGAGGGAUGGGAAGACGGACAAGGACAUUAAUUGGGUGUCGGAAGUGAAGAAGGAGACGGGUCGGGUGAAGGAAAGGAUUAAGGAGAAGGAGACGGAUCAGGUGAAGGAAAUAAUUAAGGAGAUGGUGACGAUUGGGGAGACGAAUGUAGAGACGAAUAAGAAGCCGUUGCUGCUGAACAUGAAGAUGAUAAAGAGAGCUAAAUUCAAAGCGCCACUGAUAAAAUAUGUACUUUAUCUGAAGAAACUGAAGCACAAGGCGACGUCAUCCGAUGCCAACUGAACGCCUCAUCGCAAUUACAAAUCUAAAUUAAGGAUUUCGCCUUUCUCUGCGAUUUUCAUGCCAUCCACUCCUCUGUGGGCAAAUGCUGUGAUGCGACACCUUCAACAUACGAUAAGUAUAUAUGUAGGUACGACAGACAAACACCCAACGGGAAUGCUGGAAAUAUCGCGUCUGGAUUAUCUUUCUAGCGAAAGGAG